CCAAUUAAUAUGUCCUCCGCCGCCUGUAUCUUCUGCAAGAUCAUUAAGGGUGAUAUCCCUUCCUUCAAGCUCUUUGAGAGUGACAAGGUUUUCGCCUUCUUGGACAUCCAGCCGCUGAGCCGUGGCCAUGCGCUCGUGAUCCCCAAGUUCCACGGCGCCAAGCUCACUGAUAUCCCCGACGAGGACCUGCUGGAGAUUCUGCCCGUCGCGAAGAAAAUUGCCAAGGCCAGUGGUGCGACCGACUUCAACAUCUUGCAGAAUAACGGUCGUAUUGCGCACCAGGUCGUUGACCAUGUCCACUUCCACAUGAUCCCCAAGCCCAAUGAGCAAGAAGGUAUGUCCAUUGGCUGGCCCACUCAGGCCACUGACAUGGACAAGUUGAAGGCUCUGCACGAGGAGCUCAAGGCUAAGAUGUAA